GUCAUGGCGUAAUCUUCUAACUUGUUCGUAUUUCCUUCUUCUUUUGCUUUUCAUUUAGUCUGUGUUUUGCUGGUUAGAGCGUGUGAAAGAAGAGAAAAGUAUUGGGUUUUCUCUUUUGUGAAUCCUAAAGGGGCCUUGGAUCGUCUAGAUUUACUAGUUCGGUUUUUGCGUGAAGAAUCCGUCUGUGAGAUUCAGAUUGUUCUUUGAUCAAAGAAAAAGUUUUUCUGUGAGAUUUGUGAUGGUUUUGGAGCUUGUUCGAUUUGGGUUUUUUCGGGUUGGCAAGGAAAAGAGUAUGGCUUGUUCUUCUUGAAUUUCACUCUUAGGGUUUGGUUUUGGUGCUUUUGUUCGUUGGAUAUCGCUUCUUUAUUUCGAUCGUUUUGAAAGGUAAUUUCUGUUUGAGCUCGAAAAUUGAAGUUCUGCCUAUCAUUUUGAAGCUUUGGGAUGGUUUGACUUAAUGGGCGUCUUAUAAAACUGCAACUUGUGAUUGUUUUUUAGUAAGUUUUGUUUGGGGAUAUCAAAAUGGAUAACUCGAACACGUCCAAGAAUAGGCAUAAUGAUCAUUUGGGUGUGAACAAGAUUGGAAAGAACAUAAGGAAGAGUCCUUUGCACCAGCCCAAUUUUGGUAAUACUGCUAGGCAGCAGCCUCAGCCUCAGGUUUACAAUAUUAGUAAGAACGAUUUUCGGAGCAUUGUCCAACAAUUGACAGGUUCCCCUUCGCAAGAACCCCUGCCCAGACCUCCUCAUAAUCCACCCAAGCCACCGAGUAUGCGGUUACAAAAGAUCCGGCCUCCUCCGUUAACGCCCAUCAACCGACCCCACAUUCACCCUCCACCCCAAGCCCUUGGCCCGGCAAUGGCACCACGUCCAGCUCCAGAGCCAGCUCCUUACAAUAGCCUAGUUAGGCCUGCUCAAUUUGGCCAACCAUCACCAGCAUCAUUGCCAUUAGCACCAGGGGAUCUGGUUUGGUCAAAUACAGCCGAGUCACCUAUUUCGGCUUAUAUGCGUUACCUUCAAAGUUCGAUUAUAGAUUCAGGGCCAAGGCAAGGCCCCCCAGCUCAUGCUCAACCUCAUCCUCACUCACUGCCGCAAUUUCCUGGUCAAAUUCAUGCUCAGCCACCAUCAUCUGGUCUACUUCCUAACCCAUCUGUUCCCCCUUUCCCUUCUCCUCGAAUGAGCAGUCCUGCUCUUUUACCCUCUCCAACUUCUCAGUUCCUUUUGCCAUCCCCUACUGGUUUCCCGAAUAUGCUGUCUCCACGGUCCCCUUAUCCAUUGCUUUCUCCUGGGUAUCAGUUUCCUCCACCUCUAACCCCUAAUUUUGCAUUUUCACCUGCAGCACAUUCGGGAAUUUUAGGUCCUGGGCCUCAGCCUCCCCCAUCUCCUGGGGCCUAUUUCCCCUUAUCUCCUUCAGGAUUUUUCCCUAUUGCAAGUCCAAGGUGGAGGGAUCAAUAGCGCUAAAUACUGGGGGCUAUAGGCCAAGAUGGAGGUGUCAAUAGUCCUGUUCGAGAUGCACGGCUGUUACACAUUCAUUGGUUCCAUGCUUGUGUGUUGGGAGUUUCUUAUGUUGACUAAUACCCUUCAGAUAGGAGUUUCUUUUGUGAAAAAUGUAGUGUACACUGGUGCUGUAAGAAGUCACAUAGAGGUUUUGUAGCACUUCUUUCUUCCCCCUCCUUUUUUCUCUUUUCUUUUGAUAUUUCUUUUGUGGCUAGUUUUGAGAGAUGGAUUCUGUAGCAGCUGCAACCUGUUUAUUUUCUUGGACAAGUUUACUGAUGGCUGAUUCACUGAAAGAUUGGAAACUCAACUGGAUACCACAACAGAGUUGUAGCAUGAAAGCAGAGCUGUAACAUGAGAAGAGGGGUUAGGAUUACAGACUUCAAAAUUUGUUCUGUAGACUAGCUAGUGGAAGAGUGUAAUUUUGUAAUAUUGUGGAUCAAAUCUUAAAUAUUUUCAUUUUAAAUUCUUCAACAGUUAACUGAA